UCUGGGCUUGGGAUUGUUCAGACAGAGAGUGAAGCGGAACCACAGAGAGGUGGGGUUAAGGCUUAAGGCUGAAGGCUAAGGUUGAAGGUUGAAGCGCUUUCUUCGCGUCCCCAAUGAUCGCGUUUCCGAAACAUCCACAUUCUGAUCAGGGAAUUUCCGAUGAGGAAGAAUUGGAUGGCGAUGGGUCAGAAAAUUGCGUUUCUUUAGGUGGACCGACCGGGGAGAAGGGAGUAUUGCAUAUUCAAUCCCAGCUUGAGAUGCUAAGAGGCACCCAAAAAGUAAAUCAUAUGGGGAAAACUGUGAGUUCAUCAAAUGAGAAGCAAACUGGUUUCAGUUGUGACGGUGAAACUAAAAUGCCCAUCUUCAACACUGAGGGAAACUUUGUCUGCUUUUCAAAGAAGUCAUUUACAACUAACUCAGAUGAAGAGAUGAUCUCUGAUGAUGAGGGGAAUAAUGUUCCGUCAAAAUUUUCAAACAUUUCUGGCUGUAAAGGGUUACAGAAAGCUAAUCCUCCUAGCUUUGGAAGUGACAAACGAUCUUGCUCAUGGUCUGAAGCUACUAAGGAAGCUGAGGCACUAAUGUGUUUGAAUGACAGUGCAGAGUGUUGCUCUUCGCAUGUUGCCAAUUUUAAAGCAAACACAUUCUGUAAAGGUGGGAAGGGCAAGGCCAAGCCCAAAUUUUCAUUCCGUUUUCAGUUACCCAAGGAAGGAUUCUUUUUGUCUUCUAUCUUGAAGGAUGAAAGGGACUUCUGUUGCAAGGAUCAACAUGUGCCUCAAGAAGCUGUUGCACUUUGGACUGCGGAACAUUCAAUGUCUGAACUCCUGGAAGAUUUUCAGGGAGAAAGAACGACAUAUUCAGAGAUUAAUGGAAUGCCUGCUGAAGUAGACACUUCUGGACAUGGAUUGGCCAAUAAUUCAAUGACCGAACUUCUGGAUGGUCUUCAGGAUAAGACUGGUGAUAAUAGAACUAAAGGAAAUAGGGUACAGCUUGCUGGUAAGAAAAGUAUAUUAUCAUUGGGAGACAGAAACACUGAUGAUGAAGACCCCCCUGAGCUGAUGGGCGAUGGAACUUCAAGCGAUGAAGAGACCUAUAAUCAAAAUCUAAAGCUUGUUAUCCCAGAAAUUGAAAGGCAAACAAUGGCAGAUCGGUUUCAUGAAGUUUUGAGUGCCGCUCAAGUGAAUGAUGAGGGGCUUCCUGUUGCAGCACAUAAAUUAUCAGGGGGAUUGUAUGGGCAAUUGCAGCAAGUCAUGCAGAAUGAAAGGGGAAGAGAAAUGGAUUUUUCAAGGAAGUUGCAAGCAGGAAUUAGUCCAAAUGAUGAGGCAAGCUGCAUUGAUUUGAAAAUCCUGUCAAAGUACUUGGAUGGAAAGGUCACUGUUUGUCUAUGUUCUUUUAAAGAAAAUGAAGAGAGCCCCCAAAUGAGAAGGGAAAGUGGAGAAAGGAAGAGGACAGUUAUCUUUAACCCAAGAGCAUGUACUGAUGUUGACCUUGAAGUGGGGAGCUUGAUUCGAAUUCACCCUCCAUGGAAAGAGGUCCAGAUCAUGGCGAAUGAUGAAUGCAUAAUUUUAUCUGCAUAUUUCUCCCAGAUUUGACAAUCACCGUUAAUUUCUCUUUCAUCCAGGAAAGGAGUUCCCCGCUAAGAAGCCCUUUUUUGGGUCUUUCAGUUUAGCCAGUGAUAUGAACUUCUGGGAGCCCCAAACCAGGCAGGAAGGACUGAAAAGAUUAUCCGCUGCAGAAGAAGAGAAGCAGAAAGACCUCAAUAUUACAGGUCUAGCAAAAGGGAAAGCCAGAAUUUGUAUAAGCAGCUCUGGACCUUACUUUCAAAUUCAUGGUAUUCUUCACCGAUUUGGUCAACUAGGUGAAAAUUGAAUUUCACGAACAAUUUAGUAUCAGCGGGAGUAAUUGAAUCGUCCAAACAUAGGAACAAAGAAAUGCUAUUGCCUUUGCCUUCCCCAUUUCCA